AUGGGAGCCUCUUUCUCUUCAUUUGAGACUACGCACUGUCUCAUAGACCGCAAAACCGGGCAGCGCGUCCCUGAGCCGACGCCGUUCACCUUUUCGUUGCGGACGGCCCUCCUGUACAACACCUGGUUUGGCCGUUUCCUGCUGAAGCUGCCGAUCACCUGGUGGCUGCUGACCCUGCAGCACAAGCGGAUUGCGAAGUUUGCGAACAGCCCCAAGAGCAAGAGCAAGAUCAAGUCCCUGAUCAGGUCCUACUGCAUUGGCACCGAGGACUCGGCGCGUCCAGUGGAAGAUUUCAAGACACUGCAGGAGUUCUUCACGCGCAAGCUCAAGCCGGGGGCACGGCCCAUUGCAGAGCCGGGCAACCCCAACGAGGCGGUGCACCCUGCUGAUUCGCGGGUGGUGGUGUUCCCCUCAGUCAGCAGCGCCAAGAAGCUCUGCUUGGAAUGA